AUGGAAAAAUAUGUGCUGCGUGGGGACGCGGCUGCCGCGUCUGCUAUGGCUACAGCUCCGUCUGUGCUGCAGAAGAAGCGGCAGCGACAAACGACGAUCCAUCACGGCCACAAAGUGGUGUCGCAGGAGCACGUGCAGUACUUGAAGGAGGAGCUGGACGAUGCCAAGACGACCGCUACGAUGCUGAGCGUUCUCGAGGCACUGGCGAAGCUGUUUGUAUCGCUGGAGAUGCUCGAGAAGACGCGCAUUGGAGUCGCACUCACGCGACUCUUCCGACGAGCUGAGGAUGCCGAGGUGCAAUGUCGGGCACAGAAGUUGCUGAAGCAGUGGAAGGCACGCGCCAGAACGGCCAUGAGACGACGAGUCCGACGCGUUGAGACAUACGGACGCAACUACGCUGACUGA